AUGGCCACCGAAAUGAACACAGCACUGUUAUUUUGCACUCUCUUGUUUACGUUUUGUUGUCACCUUGACACUGGCAAAGCGGCUCUGUAUAACUAUGGCGAAGCUCUCCACAAAUCGAUCUUGUUUUAUGAAGUACAACGGUCAGGGUAUCUCGAGAAGAACCGUGUACCAUAUCGGUCCCAUUCAGCAAUGGACGAUAAGGGUCGGGCAGGUGAAGAUUUAACUGGUGGAUGGUACGACGCCGGUGAUCAUAUGAAAUUUGGGUUACCGAUGGCAGCAUCGACAACUAACAUAGCGUGGGGUAUGUUGAUGUACAGACAAGCGUAUGAACAUCUUCACAUAUGGAAUGAAACUCUGGCUCAGUUAAAAUGGCCUUUAGACUACUUUAUUAAAUGUCAUGUGGCACCCGAAGAAUUUUAUUUUCAGGUUGGAGACGGGCCUUCGGACCACGCUUACUGGGGGCGCCCUGAGGAAAUGACUAUGGAUAGACCACCCUAUAAAUUAGACAUAAAUACAACUGGCUCUGAUGUUGCUGGCGAGACGGCGGCGGCAAUGGCUGCUGGAUCUGUAAUAUAUCAAGAAGAUGAUGCAGAGUACUCUGCGACACUAUUGGAACAUGCUAGAGAGCUGUUUACUUUUGCAAUGACCUACAGAGGGAUAUAUCCAUUUCUGGGUUAUUAUGAGUCGACUGGAUUUGGUGAUGAGCUAGCACUAGCUGCUUGUUGGCUGUACAUUGCCACUCGUGAACCUCAAUACUUAACCGAAGCCGAAAGUUUGUACAUUGAAUAUAAUCUGAAAAAAAAAGCCUGGGCUUAUGCGUGGAAUGACAAAAGUCCCGCAGUUCAGUUGCUGCUAUCGAAUCUGACUGAAAAGAUAGACCAUACCUAUACCAGUGACUUCAAAACAUACCUUAACACCUGGUUGCCUGGUGGCGGUAUUCCAUAUACACCUCUGGGACUGGUUUAUCGCAGUAGCUGGGGACCUCUAAGAUAUGCAGCUAAUGGGGCAAUGCUUGGGCUGAUAGCGGCAGAUUUUGGAAUCCGUGAGUCAGUCUACCGUGAUUUUGCGUACAGUCAAAUUAAUUACAUUCUCGGAGAUGCUGUUAGAAGCUACGUAGUCGGGUUUGGAAAUAAUCCACCGGAAAGACCUCAUCACCGAUCAAGUUCAUGUCCUGAUUAUCCUGAGCCAUGUGACUGGGCACAACACAAAGACCCGGAUCCAAAUCCUCAAAUCGCCUAUGGUGCAUUGGUGGGCGGCCCAGAUAUAAACGACAACUUUGUGGACGACAGAACAGACUUUCGAUCGAACGAAGUGGCAUGUGAUUUUAAUGCUGGUUUCCAGUCAGCUUUAGCCGGUAUUGUAUAUCACGAAAUUCCCAGCGAGACUCCGUAA